AUGGGCACAACGCGUUCUGCGCCCCAUUUUCAGCCGAAUCUUCCAAUUGAAAAUCUCGCAAGAAAGCGUAAAUUAUCUGCAGUGACAUUUUUAGUUUUUGGAAUUUUAUUACUGAGCUCGGGCGCAUUAUUAGCCAGUUUCCAAAAACAACGUUUUUCUGUCUCAUUUAUUGUUUUCGGUGCCAUCAGUAUUGCCUUUUCCUUUAUUUAUUGGAUUAGUGCAGAAAGAAUCUUAUCAGCAUUGAGAGAAGUAAAUGCUGAGCGUUUUCAAAAUGCACGUCAUCAAGGAAGGAUAUAUUUUGAAGGAGUGAAUGAUGGCGGACGUAAUGUUGAUCGCUGCCAAGAUCUCCCAAGUUACGAACAAAGUGUUUUGCCUGUACCAGAUGUGUUGCCGCCUGCUUACGAGGAUGCAGUCAAACAAAAAUCAAAUAAUCAGUCUCCUAUAUGCAGUAUUCGAACUGUUCAACCACAACAACAGCAUCAACAACCAAUUAAUUCAAUAUCUUCAAGGAUCUCUUAUAAUAGAAUAACCAGUAGCAAUGCUAACUCAAGACCAGUGAAUAGUUCAUCUUCUGGAAAUGGUCGUCCAAGGAUAGACACUGAGAAAAAACGUUCAGCUAAUAACUCGCUGACAACUAGAACAACACCUUCUGGAGCCGCAGCUACUUCUAACACGACUACACCGUUACCAUUGUUACCAACAGUUCAUUCAUCACCAAAUAAAAUAUGA